AGCGUUCGUUCGACCGGCAGUGAGAGCCGACAUGCCGUUCCCGCCGCAGGCACUCGUUGUCGUUGUUCGUCCGGUACCGGUUUGAGAGCGUCGAGACAAAGUUCCUCCGAGUUCCUUCUUCCCCUUUCAGCGCCUUUCCUCGCGCAUUUGUGCCUUCUUUCGCGUACAAGUGCCGUAUCGUGCACGCGUUCGCUUCCGACAAUUGAACUUUACAAAAAAAAAGGAGACGUCGUCGCGUCGUUAUCGCGCCCUGAAACUUGGGAUAAUAUAGGAUCGAAUUCGUACCACGAGGGGAUUAAGAAAUAAGGAAAAAGGAGAGCUACGUUUCCGGGAAAUAAAGAGAAAAAGAAGAAGUUGGAGAGGAGAGUCGUGCGCCUUUUCUUCUCCUUUUGCAACAUCAAAAAAUCACAAGACUUCUUCUUCCCUCGAUCUCUCUCUCUCUCUCUCUCUCCUCCCACUCCAACACCUCCUCCGUAGCAUCCGCUCUCUCCUUCUCUCUUCUUCUCUUCCUCCUGCUCCCUCCUUUCUUCCUAAGCGUUCUUCGUCGAAGGCGCGAGGUAGACGGCACCGUGCGCUACGUAGACCGCGCACAGGGGAUUUCUAAAUUCCUUGGGCGCGGGAGAGUUUUAGCGAGGUUGUAAAUAUGGCGUGUGAACGGUGGUGCUCGGAACGUGGCGACUACGAGGCGACCGGUUCUUCUUCUCCCUCACAAUGGCCUUACGUAUUGCUGUUCCUCGUCGUUCUACUCUGCUGUGGAUCGUCGUCUCUGGCGAUUGGCCAGUUUGAUCACGAAUACUAUAGCUAUUCUGGAAUCAUGUCAAACGCGAGAUCAUCAGUCGACUAUAGUCCGCUAUAUUUAUCCUUCGUUCCUAAAGAAGAACUACUGGUUAGAGAACGCCGAAUGACUAACGAUAAAGACACGAUAAACUCCGAUAGGGAGCCCCAGGUUGAACAGACCGGCGACAAGAAGCAACAGCAGCAGCAGCAGCAGCAACAACAACAGCAGCAACAACAACAACAACCGAUACUCCCACAACAACAGCAACAGCAGCAGCAGCAGCAGCAGAAGCAGCAACAGCAAGGGUUGGAGCAAACUUCUAUAAAUCAUCAAAUAAUUCAACAACAAUCAUCGACGCUUCAGCAAAACUUAAAACAACAACAGGAACAACAGCAGCAGCAACAACAACAAAAACCUGUAAAUGCUACAUCCAACUCACAAUCGGACGAUGUUUCUUAUUCGACGAUUAGUGGAGCAUCAGAAACGCACGACGCAGCAUCCAGCACUAUACCAAGCAUGGAGGCUUCUACGCAAAAGUCUGAAGCAACGUCGAAGAAGAACUCUGUCCUUGUGUCUCAACCGAUGAAUCCGGUAACUGGAAGUGUAUCGCAGCAACCCACGAUGUCGGGUGACACUGCCGAGGAACAGGAACUAAAUGAAAGUGCUUCCGGAGGUUACGUUACCGAAGCAGUCAACAACCAAAGUAAAAAGAGCGAGGUUUCAGAGCCUACCACUGGGAAGGACAAUGGCAAUGAGAAGGAGCAAUCCGAUACUGAAAUAGGCGGUAUAUCCAUCACCAAGUUCUCCGACAUGAAUUCGUUUAAUAAAUCGCUCGCGCAGAACAACAUCACAAAGACCGAGAUGGAUACGCAUCAGUAUUACAACAGCACGUUCAUCGUCAAUGAGUCAGUUGCAAAGGGUUAUUGGGUUGACAUGGACAAUCAUCCUGAUCUUCGUGUUAAUCAUUUGCUUAGCAAAAGUCACCGUCGUGCAGCAACCGUCAAAUUGAAAUUCGACUUUCCAUUUUACGGUCACAAGGUCCGUAACAUCACCAUCGCAACGGGUGGGUUUUUAUAUACGGGAGAGUACGUACAUAGUUGGCUGGCCGCCACUCAAUACAUUGCACCACUUAUGGCCAAUUUCGACACGAGACUUUCCAACGAGAGUUUUGUUAAGUACGCCGAUAAUGGUACGUCAUUUACGGUCGAAUGGGAAAAGGUUUACCUACAGGAGAAGCGGACCGACGGUUCAUUCACUUUCCAGGUAACUCUGCAUCAGAACGGUGACAUCGUCUUCGUGUAUUCCGUUAUUCCUUUCAUAGUAGAACAAAUAGAAGAUACUACGCAUCCUGUCAAAGUUGGGCUCAGCGAUGCCUACAUCAUGGACAGGACGGUGUUCUUUGUUCGUCGAAAAACGAUCUACGAGUAUCAUCGCGUCAAUUUCAAUAGACAAGACAUCAAGAAUUGGACCGUCAUUUAUCUGCGUGCGUUACCUACUUGUUUGGAAAUGGAUAAUUGCACGGAUUGCUUAACAAAGUUAACAGAGUUUGACUGCAAAUGGUGUUCCGAAUUGAAUCAGUGUAGUACUGGCACAUUUAGAUCACGGCAGGACUGGCUGUUGAAAGGUUGUGACAUCAGACAUAUUAAGGAAGUGGACAAAUGUCCGCCAUCUACGACGAUUUACAAGGAACAGGAAGAAGGGCACGAUCACGAUGGACACGUUCAUACGGAGGAAGAUGCGAACUUGAGUAAAUCCGUAGUGAAGAAGAAAAGUCCUGGAAGCAGUCCACUGGAACAUCCUCGAGACAAUAUGAACAUGAGCGUGUCGGGUAUAAUCGGAAUCCUCCUCGUCGUCACUUUAAUCGCUGGUCUAGGAGGAUGGGUUGCGUAUGCAUAUCGUAAUCCUCACAGUGCAUCCGGACAGAUGUUAAUCAGGUAUCGUCCAAGUCAGUGGAGCUGGCGAAGAGGCGAAGCACGUUACACUGCGGCAACAAUCCAUAUGUGAUCGCACGUGGGCGAGAUAUGAGAAAGUCAACAAGAGUCGAGGAAUACAGAACUGUCAGAAACUUCCUACUACAUGUAUACUGUAAACACGAGCCACGGCGAAAGUUCAUACACAAGCUAAACGUUUGCCCAGACGAUGACAAACGUGUCCUUUCUGCAAAAUUUUCAAUAACACCACGUCAGAUACAUUUUAUCCAUUGGCCGAUACGUUCAAAUUGGUUUUAUCGUAUCAUUCGUAAACAAACGAUGUAGUCUUGAGGAAGAACAACGCUGAAGGUCUUAUCGUUCCUACAAGAGACAUCAAUGAAUGAAAUACUACGAAUUACUUAUAAACAAACCAAGGAUCAAUAAACUCUCGAAGGUCGAGUGAGACACUCGCAUCCGUUGGACUAACGAACGAUGAUCCGGAGGACGAUAUGCAUUUUGUUUAUUACAUUGGCAAGUUCUAAAUAACGCCUUUCGAGAUAUCUUCUCUGCGGUCAAAUGAACUACGAUGUAAGCCGAACAUAUAUCAUAAAAGUCAAACGUCUUGCGAAUUACAUCGUCGCGUACAUUUUAAAACCGAUGCGUUUCUAUUAUCGCGUAGGACCUUUAACAAAAGCGUUUGAUGUACUUGUUAACCCUUACGGUCAAAUGUAAGAAUCGAAGAGGACGAAUAGAAGGACGGGUAACUUAGCCCGAGUGUCCGGCGUUUAUGUGAUUUUAGCAGCAUGUGGUAUAUCUUGUUAUUGUUUAAGAAUUCGUUUUUUUUUUUAUCGUUAGAUCAAUUACAAUAAUAUUGUUUUUAAGUAUGUGAUUUUCUUAGUCUGAGAAAAAAGUCAAAUCGAAGACCACUCUCAAACGAUCCGUUUUUCAUGUAGUAAUGUUGAAACUACAGUCUUAUUGAUCGAGAGACGAUGUAAAGAAGUAAAUCAUUUGAUCGUUUACUUUUUAAUCCGUAUUUUCUGCAUGGCAUUCGCCUUGGUACAUUCCAAAAUCUUUGAAGAAUACGAUAAAGACGAGAUGCAACAGCUUAUUCUUCGAUUGUAGUUUCUUCAUUUCUCUAGGAAUAUACAUACUUGAUAUACGCACAUAGUAUAUGCGUAUGUAUAGAUAAGAAUAUAUUUUCGAAGUUUUAUAUAAACGAGAGCACCUUCCCUUUUAAACGAUCACGAAAAUAUGAAAAUGACAAAAAAAAGAAGAUAAUAAUAAGAAGAAAAAAAAAAGAAAAAAUUUAUAUCUAUAUCUGAUAAUAUUAUUAGGUCACGUUUGUAUAUAUAUAUAUAUAAUAGUUUUUUAAAGCAAUAUAUAAUUUUUAUCUAAUUUUAAGCCAAUUCACUGUCGAAAGGUGCCUUUUAUCGAUUUUUCUGACCAAUUUAUCGACGAGGAUAAUAAUCUCCAUAAUAUUUUCUUAAGUAUAUUUGAACGCAAGAACGCAUUAUGUAUUUUAAAUAUAUGAAUGUUUAUAAUUGUAGAAAGGAAUGCCCAAUUUGAUCACGAAUAUAGGUAUUCGUUCUGUUCGUGACUAAAUACGAUCUUUAUGCGAAUAUAAUCAAUUAGAGAUCUUUUCUAUGGCCACAUUUUAUUACAAAAUAAAACGAAAGUUGUAUCUCUGGAUCGCAUUACGAACUAACACCUUGGAUGUUAAUCAAUCGCGCACGAAGAAAAUAGCAAUUUAUAAAAGAAUCCUUAUUAGUUUUCUUACAUUAUUGUACGAUUUAACUCAUAGUUUGUGAUAAUAAAUAUUAUAAUUAUUACGAUA